AUUCCUCUCCCGGAGAGUUUAUCCAGUACACAAAUUAGUUCUUCGAGAGUUCACCUCGUAUUCCACCAUGCCGAAAGUACCGUACACGUUUAAAGGACUCAUCGUCCCGGUGUUUACACCGUUUAAUAAUGACAGCACAAAGAGUUUAAACUUGUCGAUCAUACCACAAUAUGCAAGUUAUUUAGCCUCGAAGAAGAUCACUGGAGUUCUUAUAAAUGGAACAACUGGAGAAGGAACAUCACUGAAUCUAAACGAAAGGAAAUUAGUUGCUGAAGCAUGGGCAAACGCUGUAAAAGCAACAAAGCAACAUUUGAUGAUUCAAGUAGGAGGUGCACCAUUUCCUGAUGUUCUUGAACUCGCAAAACAUGCUGAAAGCAUUAAAGCGGAUUCUAUACUCUGUUUACCGGAAUUGUAUUUCAAACCAACAACAUCAGAGCAAUUAACAGAAUAUCUGAAAUUAGUUGGCUCUGCAGCUCCCAAUACACCACUCCUCUAUUACCAUAUUCCAAUGUUCACCAAUGUUAAUGUGCAUAUGGGACAAUUCCUUGAAUCCCUUGGCGAAGCAGUUCCAACUUUCGUGGGAAUCAAAUUUACAAGUGCUAACUUAGAAGAAGGUGCCCAGGCAUUAAAUGCUAGUAAUAAAAAAUACGUCAUUUUUCUUGGAAAUGAUCAGUUAAUAAGCGCUGCCUGUGCGCUUGGAAUGGAUUCGGUCAUAGCAACAGGUAUAAAUAUGUUGCCAGAACUUCUACUCGAAACUUUUAACGAAGGAAAAGCCGGAAAUAUGUUGAAAGCGAAAGAAAAGCAAGAACGAUUGACAAAAGCUGUGAUGGCUAUAUCAAAACAUGGUAACUGGGUAGAGACUAUGAAGGUAGCAAUGCCUUUAUUAACGAAUAUCAAGCCUGGACCUACACGUGCACCCUUGAAAACGUUACCUCCCCAAAUUACAUCAGCGAUAGCGAAAGAUUUACACACUUUAGGAUUUCAAGUGAAACUAUAAUUAUGUAAAAAAAUAAACAGAAACUAUGUUUGAU